CUACGCAUGCGCUUAGGUGGAACCAGGAAGUGGAAUAUGCAGUAUGGGCAGAAGACUGAUAAGGUUCCACGUCACCAUAGGACACACCCACAGCUUGAUUUUAGUUACCUGGGCAUCUCGGCAGCAGGAUGCAUUUGGAAGCAGUAUUGAAGUUCUCCACUCAACAUGCUAAGCCUCCAGGCCUCAUUCUUCAGUAUGGCACAGCUGGAUUUCGGACCAAAGCAGAACAUCUGGACCAUGUUAUGUAUCGCAUGGGUUUGUUAGCAGUCCUGAGAUCCAAAAAGACCAAAUCUGUUAUUGGUGUUAUGGUCACCGCUUCACACAACCCUGAGGAAGAUAAUGGCGUAAAACUAGUAGAUCCAAUGGGAGAAAUGCUUGCACAGACUUGGGAAGUGUACGCUACUAAUCUUGCCAACGCUGAAGAGCAUGAAUUACAGGCGGUCUUGAGUGACAUCAUUCACCAGGAAACCAUUAAUAUGCAACAAGAUGCUUUCAUAGCUAUUGGUAAAGAUACAAGGCCAAGCAGUGAAAGCCUUUCCUUUGCAGUAAUAGAUGGUGUAAAUUCUUUGGAGUCCAAAUACCAUGAUUAUGGUCUAGUAACAACCCCACAGCUGCAUUAUAUUGUCUGUUGUCGCAACACUAGCGGAGCAUAUGGGGAACCAACAGUUGAAGGCUACUACCAAAAACUUUCCAAGGCAUUUACUGAACUAGUUAAGCAAUCUCACAGCUGUGGAGGUGAAAACAGACACCUGAACGUAGAUGGAGCAAAUGGCAUUGGGGCUCUAAAACUUAAAGAGAUGCGGCGUUAUCUUGAUUCAGCCCUUUCUGUGCAGCUUUGUAAUGACGGCGCAAAAGGAAAACUGAACUAUAUGUGUGGUGCUGAUUAUGUGAAGGUGCAGCAGAAACCUCCGGAGGGUAUAAACGUGAUUCCUGGUGAACCUUGCUGUUCAUUUGAUGGCGAUGCUGAUCGCAUUGUUUACUUUUACAAUGAUAAUGCCAAUUGUUUUCACCUUCUUGAUGGGGAUAAAAUUGCUACCUUAAUAAGCACGUUCAUCAAAGAAUUGUUGGUUAAAGCAGACUUACAUCUAAAAAUGGCAGUUGUUCAAACAGCGUAUGCAAAUGGCAGUUCUACUCAUUAUUUGGAGGAAAUCAUGAAGGUGCCCGUUUUCUGUGCAAAGACUGGGGUGAAGCAUCUACACCACAAAGCUCAGGAAUUUGAUAUUGGGGUUUAUUUUGAGGCAAACGGUCAUGGAACAGUACUGUUUAGCAAUGCAGCCGAAGAACAGAUUAAACAGUUGGUCAGUAUGGAAACCACUGAGGAAAGGAAAAAAGCAGCACAGAUGCUUAAUAACACAAUCAAUUUGAUUAACCAGACUGUUGGAGAUGCUAUUUCUGACAUGCUGUUAAUUGAAGCUAUAUUGUCCAUCAAGGGUCUUAAUGUUCAGAAAUGGGAUGAAAUGUACACCGACCUUCCCAAUCGCCAACUUAAAGUUAAGGUUUCAGACAGAAAGGUUAUUGAAACGACUGAUGCCGAGAGGCGUACUAUAAAGCCACCAGGGCUUCAGGAGAAAAUUGAUGAGCUUGUUAAAAAGUACAACUUGUCCAGAUCAUUUGCACGUCCUUCAGGUACAGAGGAUGUUGUGCGUGUAUAUGCUGAGGCAGACACUCAGGGGAAUGCAAAUGCGCUGGCGUAUGAAGUAUGCCUUGCUGUGUAUCACCUUGCAGGAGGGGUAGGAGAGGAGCCAAAACCUUUAAGAUGAAGAAAGAAAAACCCCAUGAAAUGUAAAAAUAGUUCAAGUCAACCUCUGCCCUUCUUGAUAAUUCCAUUUGUACAAAAGUUUGGGUUCAGUUCUAUAAAUUCAACUGUUAAAAUGAAAUGUUCCUUAUAACUAAGGUGGCAGCUGUUUGAUAACUCACAACUGUAUUCUUUCUGAAACUUUUACAAUAUUUUCUGUGUCUGAAAGAAACUUAAUCAUGUACUCAAUUACUUUGUAGAUUUUUUUGUACCAUGGUGUAUAGAACUGUAUAUGCAAAUUGUAAACAAAAUACUAAAGUGUGCAAUUAUUUUUCAGAGUAAAAAUUUAUUAGUUACA